UCAGUUAUUGUCUGAUAUCGAGCCCUCCGACUAACAUGGCCGCAUGAAUUAGUGAUUGUGAGGAGAUUGUGGACGAAAAAACUGACUUUUUACUGUGUGUGACCAUCCGAAAGUGACAUUUAUAUGUACGCUGGACACUCUGAUAUGCAGCGGAUGAAAGGACAAGGAACCUCAGUGCCAAAUGGGCCGAAAGACCAGAAUUACUCCUCAUUCCAGAGUUACACUAGUCCCAUGACAUCUUCGAUGGCCGCGGCUGCAGCUGCUUCUGACCCGUAUAUGUCGUCUUACUAUAUGACCUCAACUCCUUACCAGGCAUUCGGCGUUGGAGACGGCACUUGGAGUAAUGGGGGUGACCACAUGCAGACUUUCCUCGGAGGUUAUGGCGGACAGAUGGGAUAUGACUCACACAGUGCCAUUGAUGGCAUGUUCAGUAGUGGCAGUUUUGGUGGCUUCAACCCUCCCGGCUUCAACUAUGGUUUUCAUGGGAACGGUGACUACAAUGCAUGGGGAGGGUCAGAGGUUCGUGGAGGGAACAAGCAGUAUGACGACUACUACCAGCGAGACAAUGUCUACACCGAUGAACGUGUAAAAGCUUUGGAUCAAGGUGUAGAGGGACUAACUCUUGCUGACCCCAAAACAGGUCAGGAUUUGCCUAGGGAAGGUGGACCUGGAGCUAAUAAAAAUGCAGCCACUAAUGGGAGUGGGGGAGUUGAAGUCAAGGCUAGUGGGGCCAGCAGUCCAGGAGGAGAAACAUCAGUUGGACUCGGGCAGCCAAAGAAAGGUAUGUCUUGGGCUAGUAUUGCCUCCCAGCCAGCCAAGCCUCAACCAAAUAGACGGCGAGACAAGACUACAAUGUCCUCCAUUGUACCUGGCCGUCAUAUGGACAUUGGAACAUGGGAGGGGAAGAAUGGAGGUGGACCUAAACCCGUUGCACCACCACCUGUCCCCCGCCCUGCAUGGGAAGCUCCACGAGGAGGCACGCGAUCCACUACCUCUGCUUCAUAUUCUACCCCACCACCUCGCACCCCACCCCAGGUGCCUCAACCUCAGCAAGUGCAGCAACCAGGUCAACCGCAUCCCCACAACAGCAUCAGCAGCAACAGCAGUCACUCCAGCAGCACCCACACCAGCAGCACAUGCAUCCUCAGCAGCAGCACCAGUCACAUCAGCAACAUCAACACCAGCAGCACCAGCACCAGCAGCAUCAACACCAGAACCAACAAUUGCAGCAGCAGUUACCUCCUUCACCCCAGCAGCAGCAACCCCCUCAAGCACCCAUGCUUGCGGGAGGAGGAAUGCACUCGAACAUGGAACUUGUCCCAUCACCUCAGAGUGGACCACCGGUACCUGUGUCCCGGCCCAUGUCUCAUGCCCCAGGACAGAUUAACGAGCUACAGACAGAUGAUGGUAUCUUGGAAGACUUGCGAAUGCGCAAUGACUACAACCCUAAGGAUUUUGACCUUAGCCCUAAAAAUGCACGUUUCUUUGUGAUUAAAUCUUAUUCAGAGGACGAUAUUCACCGUUCUAUCAAAUAUGAGAUAUGGUGCUCCACAGAACACGGCAACAAGCGUCUUGACUCUGCUUUCCGUGAACGAGAGGGUAAGGGGCCAGUGUACCUUUUCUUCUCAGUGAAUGGAUCUGGACACUUUUGUGGAUUAGCCCACAUGAUUUCCACUGUAGACUACAACUCAUCAUCAUCAGUGUGGGCCCAAGACAAAUGGAAAGGCCAGUUUCGAGUGAAGUGGAUAUUUGUAAAGGACGUUCCAAAUAGCCAACUGCGGCACAUUCGGCUGGAGAACAAUGAGAACAAACCUGUAACAAAUUCUCGUGAUACCCAGGAGGUGCCAUAUGAAAAGGGAAAACAGGUUUUGAAGAUAAUCAUCCAGUACCGCCACACCACCUCCAUUUUUGAUGACUUCCUCCACUAUGAAAAACGGCAGGAAGAGACGGAGACACGCAGGCAUCCUAAUACUUAUAAGGAUAUGGAAAGAGGUGACGACCGUCGUGGUGACCGUAGCUUAGAGCACCGAGACCACAGGGAUCACCGAGAUCCCCCCAGGGACCAUCGAGACCACCGUGAUAGCCGCGACCACCGUGAUGGCCGUGACCACAGGGAUGGACGUGAUCACCGUGAUCACCGAGACCACAGGGAACACCACCGGGGGGGCAUGGGUGGGGGACGUGGCCGAGGGGGGCACCACCAUCACCACCGUGGCGGACGCAACUAAUCACAGACUUGGCAAAGCCACAGUGUAAAAGCCCUGCAGAGGUGAACAUUGAGGGAUGUCAUCUGUGGUUUAAAAAAAAAAAACUUGCUAGAGAACAGAUUUGCUAGAUAAAACUAGCAGAGUGGAUGUUAAAAACAAAGCAAAAGAGAAAGCAAAAAAAUUAUUGAUUAUUAAUUGGCUUUAAUAUGAUCAUGUUUAAAA